AAUUAUUCUGCAGAAGUACAGUUUAAAUUUGGGGUAUUACAAAACGUAUAUAUACACCGAGACAAACGGGUACAACCUGAGAACCACCUUUUUUGUUCCCUCGAAAUUGUAAGUUUUUCAAUCUUCUUCAAUAUUUCAAUCUUUACGUGAAUUGUAUCCUUCAUGAAAAAAAGUCGUCAAUUGAUAAUUAGAUUUUGUUUUAAACAGGAAAAUCAAAAUGGAGCAGUAUUCGGUUUUCCUUCUUCUACCACUUUUGACAGCAUGUUUAGCUUGCACCUCUUUUCCAUCGGACCUGAGCGGACAGUGGACAGAUGGGAGCACAAACAAAGGUAUCACUUUCCAGUCCUCGGGGAUCACGGGAUGGGAGGUGCCCAUGUUUAACCAAAAGGUCAGCAGCUGGAAAUGUGUUGAUGAGGAUGUUAACCAAAUUUUACUAAGCUCUUCCCCAGUACAAAUAUACGGAUUGGACUUCGUCGUUUACCGCUGCAUGAAAUGGGAGAAAGUGAGCAGUUGUAACUACAAAAUCACAUUCAACAGCAAUAAACAGGCAGAGGCGGGGAAUGAACGAGUGGUCGUUUUGCUGAAGAGUGACGAGGCUAAGGUCUCCAUGUGUUCAGCGGGGGUGGAGGAGUCUCGUACUAUCAAGAAAGACACAUGCAGCUAAACCAAUUUCUUAGAAGAUCAGCACAGUUAUCGUCUACAAACUACAAAAUGUAAUGGAUUUUUCCUUUUUCGGUGCCUUCUAAAAGUUAAUGAUAGAUGUAGUCCUUUGAAUUAAGAAAUCAAAUUGUAUACAUGUUCACGUUGUUAAUUAACUCGUUUCUAAUCUUUUGAUUAAAAAGAUGUCAACCUCUUUUGGAUUUUGUUUUCUUAUACCCUCCUGUC